ACUCACUGGGUGCCACUGAGCUGACCAUGUAGGGAAGGCUUUCAGGCUGCAAAAGGUUCUCCUAUUUGAUCUUCCUGCCCUAAAGACCAGCCAGCCCAGUGGAAGACUCCGUCAGCCUCCCUCUCCAGGCAAAGGGAAGAAAAAGCACAUAAUGUCACCCCCUGAAAGGUCCCACCAUUCCAGAAGGGGUUUUAAAAGGAGCUGGUUUCUCCAAAAGAGGUGGGGGUGACCAAGCAGGUCACACAGAAGAAAAAUGUUAAUGGAAUUUUGGGAUGCCAUGCAGGCCAACUGGGGCAGGAAGCUCACCCCGGACAAAAGGACAUCCCCGGACUCUUUUAGGGCAGCCUCCUUGGAGUCCACGUACAGCACAGCUCGGUUCAUCAGCUCGUUGUCUAGUUCUCUCCAGUCCGGCCUGCUGGCUCCAAUGGCUGCAAGACAAGGAAGCAGACCUGAAGCGCAGCAGCAGCCUCACGAGAAAGAGUUGAACUUCCUCUCUUCUAAGAAGAAUGGAUAUGUUGGGACCAAAUAAAUUUGUGAUUCUUCUCUGGAAGAAUUUUACUUUAAAGAGGCGGCAAGCUGUUGUUUUAGCUGUAGAAAUCAUGCUAACAUUACUCUUUGCUGCUACACUUUUGUUAGCACGUUACUUUGUUCCUGUGAAGAAUUAUGGACCCCACAUUCACCCUCAGAUACCUGUCGAAGACCUGCCUGCUUUCUUUGCAAUUCCCGUUAUUACUAAUGUUCCAUUUGAAUUGGGUUAUGUGCCUUCCAACAGUGAUGUGAUAAAGGACAUCAUUGAAAUUGUACAUCUGGAUUUAUUCGCAAAUAUGCACGUUAUAGGCUUUGCUUCAGAAGACGAUUUUGAGAAUUACGUUAAAAAUAUCACUAAAGCAAAACAAAUGCUGGCUGCUAUUGUUUUUGACCAUGAAUUCAAAAGCAGUCAGGAUCCCCUACCACUUAAGGUAAAUUAUUAUCUGCGUUUGAGUGCUUUCAAAAGGAAUACAGAAGAGUUUGAUUAUCAGCCCCAAACCUGGAGAACACGCUUUCUCUUUCCACCUGUUUCUCCUGGAUAUCCCAGAAAUAUGUUUGACCCUCUUGGGGGGGACCCUGGGUACAUCAUGGAAGGGUUCCUCCUCUUGCAAUAUUUUGUGGAUAAGGCCAUCAUGUUGUAUCAUAACAAAUCGGGUGCAGACAUCUUGCAAGAUGUUACCAUUUAUGUUCAACGAUUUCCAAACCUAAAACAUAAACAAGAUACAUUCUUUAAAGAGUCUAUUACUUUUAUUCCAUUGAUUGAGCCUUCUUCCAUUCUGCAACACAGCGACCACUCGCUCAUCUUUGUCUUUUUGCUGUGUUUUGCCACCUCCUCAAUCUUCUUCAGCUUCAUGGUUAGCACAUUUUUCAACAAAGCUAAUUAUGCAGUUUCUCUUGGAGGAUUCCUCUACUUUGUAACCUACUUCCCAUUUAACAUCGUCUCUGAAAAAUAUACAGAUUUGACUCUCUUCCAGAAGCUGGCUUUCUGUCUCUGCUCAAAUAUCGCGAUGGCAAUGGGAGUUGAACAGCUGGUGAAGGCAGAAAUGGAUAAUGUUGGAAUUAGAUGGAAUAAUAUUUUGGCAACGCAAGUGGAUUCAUUUGCCUUUGUCUAUAUACUAGGAAUGCUUUUAUUUGAUGCUUUCUUAUAUGGCCUUGUGGCCUGGUAUAUAGAAGCGGUCUUUCCUGGACAAUAUGGGGUGCCGAAGCCAUGGAACUUUUUCUUGAUGCGCUCUUACUGGUUUGGUGAUACAAAUGCGAAUAAAGACCGGAGCGAACCUUAUGAGACAAUCCAAAACAAGUAUUUUGAGGUGGAACCUACUGACUUGGUGCAAGGUAUCCAGAUCAAACAUUUGUAUAAGGAAUUUCGAGUACAGCACAUUACCAAGCCUGCUAUUAAGGACUUGUCUUUGAACCUCUACGAGGGACAGAUCACUGUCCUCCUAGGACACAGCGGAGCAGGAAAGUCCACCACGCUCUCUGUUCUCUCAGGUCUCUAUCCACCUACCAGUGGGGAGGUCUAUAUUAAUGGAUAUGACAUCUCAAAGAACAUAGUCCAGAUCAGAAAAAACUUGGGCUUAUGUCCCCAGCAGGACCUGUUGUUUAAUUACUUGACUGUUUCAGAACACCUUUAUUUCUAUUGUAUGAUAAAAGGAGUAACCGGAAAGCUACGUACUAUGGAAAUUGACCAUAUGCUGUCUGCUUUUAACCUGCUAGAAAAGCGUGAUGCCUUUUCACAGUCACUGAGUGGAGGGAUGAAGCGCAAACUCUCCAUCAUUAUCGCGCUUAUCGGGGGCUCCAAGGUUGUGAUACUUGAUGAGCCAACAUCUGGCAUGGACCCAGUUUCAAGGAAGGUCACGUGGGAUCUCCUUCAGCAUUAUAAACAGGAUCGUACCAUCUUACUGACGACCCAUCACAUGGAUGAAGCUGAUGUCCUGGGUGACAGGAUUGCCAUCCUGGUCAAGGGGUCCCUACAGUGCUGUGGCUCAUCAGCCUUCCUGAAGCAAAUAUAUGGUGUGGGAUACCACGUAAUAAUUGUGAAGGAACCUCAAUGUAAAGUUGAAGAAAUCAUCAACCUGUUUCAUGAUCAUAUACCAACAGCCACUUUGGAGAGCAAUGUUGGAAGUGAAUUAUCAUUUGUUCUACCCCGGGAGUACACCAACAAGUUUGGAAUUUUGUUUACUGAUCUGGAAGAGAGACAGAAAGAGCUGGGCAUUGCUGGCUUUGGCGCCUCUGUCACUACCAUGGAAGAAGUCUUUCUUAGGGUCAAUAAUGAAGCAGAGUCACAAGAUGUCAAAGAGCCUCAGGACAAAGACCCAAACAAGAACCAAAAUGUGAAUGCUGCCACAUCUUUUGAGAUAGUAGAUUGCUCUGGCCUGAUUGAAAACUCUAUUAAAUUUAAUACUGGGUGUGUCCUCUACUGCCAGCAGUUCAUAGCCAUGUUCACAAAGAGAGCUUUGUUCAGCUGGCGAAACUGGAAUCUAGUGUUGCUGCAGAUACUGGGCCUUCUGGGUGUCAUUGCCUUCCUUUUGAAAGUUGACGAAUUAUCCGCGGAGACUGGAGAGAUCACCAGAAAAAUCGCUUUGCAUCAAUAUGGGCAAACUAUUGUGCCUUUAUCGAUUUCUGGGAAUUCUAGUUUGGCUGUGGAUCUCUUAAAACAGCUUGAGAUUAUGCUAAAAUCUGAAAAACAAAUACUUCGGAGAGUGCAAGGAAAUGUCCUGGAUUACUUGAUGGAAAAUAAAGAUUGUAUUCGCUUGUGCAUUGUUGCACUUUCCAUUGAUGUGAAUGAAAACGGAACCGAACUAACUGCUCUUUUCAACAAUGAAGCGUACCAUUCCCCGCCCACAGCCCUGACAGUGUUGAACAACAUUCUCUUCAAGUCACUUGCCGGUCCUGAAGCGUCCUUAACAGUCUCCAAUAAACCUCAGCCACAUUUUGAUAAGGAGGACGCCGUUAAAGAGCAUCAAUCUGGAGGCCAGGUGGCCUUAGAUGUGCAAUUUGGCAUGGCUCUUUUGAUUAGUGGUUUCUGCCUCCUGACAGUAAUUGAGAGAGUCACUAAGGUGAAGCACAUCCAGUUUUUGAAUGGAAUGUAUGCCUUUAUAUACUGGCUUUCUGCCCUCAUGUGGGAUUUCAUCAUUUUUUUCAUUUGUAGCUGCUUACUCCUGGCAGUGUUCAAAAUGUGCUCAGUGGACGUUUUUGUCAUGGAGGAUCAUGCUCUGGACACAAUGCUAAUCUUCCUGCUGUAUGGCUGGUCUUCCAUUCCCUUCAUGUACCUGAUGAGUUUCGUGUUUGAGGAAAGUACUAGUGCCUACAUCAAGCUUGUUCUAUUCAACUACCUUUCAGGCAUUUUCACUCUCCUCAUAGACAUCACGUUGCAGCACAGCAGAGAACUCAACUCUAGAAUUUCAAAUACCACCAGAACCUUUCUGCUAAAUGCAUUAAUGAUGUUUCCCAAUUACAAUCUUGCCAAGACCCUUGAGGAAUAUUCCAUUUUCUACGCUGAGGAGGCAUUCUGCAGCAGCCAACAGAAGUAUUCCUAUUCAGAGUGUCUUAAAAGAGUUUCUCAGAGGAACAUUUCUUUUAAUGAUGCUAACAUUACAAAGUAUUUGAUUGCGAUGGGUAUACUAGGCGCUGCUUCCUUCCUGUUAAUUUUCAUCUAUGAGACUUGCUUCUGGAAAUUAAAAACAUGUAUCAAUCGAUAUAUAUUCUUUGGUAUCUUCAAAAAAAUGAAUCAGGAUAUAGUUUCCAAGGAAUUAGCUGGGGACUCUGAAGAUGAAGAUGUGGAAAGGGAAAGGAAAAGAGUCCUCGAAAUGCCUCUUGAAUUACAAAACGACACAGUAGUAAUUAAGGAACUUGUAAAGAUAUAUUUUAAGAUUCCAGCCAUUUUGGCUGUGAAAAACAUCUCCCUUACAAUACAAAAAGGGGAGUGCUUUGGAUUACUUGGAUUCAAUGGAGCAGGGAAAACCUCAACUUUUCAAAUGAUGACUGGAGAAAAGCCUGCUACUUCUGGGGAUAUGUUCAUCGAAGGCUUUAGCAUCACUCAAAAUAUUCUAAAGGUAAGGUCGAAAAUUGGCUACUGUCCUCAAUCUGAUGCCUUGCUGGAGUACUUGACUGGUCGGGAAAUAAUGAUCAUGCAUGCCAGACUAUGGGGAGUCUCUGAGUCCCAGAUUCACCUGUAUGUGACCAACUGGUUGAAUUCACUACAACUGGACACCCAGGCUGACAAGUUUAUCUACACGUACAGUGGAGGAAACAAACGUAGACUGAGUACUGCUAUUGCCUUAAUGGGAAAUCCCUCCGUCAUCUUCCUGGAUGAGCCAUCAACGAGCCUGGACCCAGUAGCUCGGCGCCUUCUGUGGAAUGUCAUAGCACAUAGACGGGAAACUGGCAAAGUCAUUGUCAUAACCUCCCACAGCAUGGAGGAAUGUGAAGCCCUUUGUACCAGGCUGGCCAUUAUGGCGAAGGGGAAAUUCCUGUGUUUGGGCAGCCCUCAGCAUCUCAAGAACAGGUUUGGCAAUGUUUACAUCUUGAAGGCCAAGAUCAAGUCUGAUCUAGAUGAUGAUGCACUAGAAGAUUUUAAAAAUUUCAUCUCAACAACCUUCCCAGGAAGUGUCAUUAAGCAGGAGACUCAAAGAAUGGUUAACUACUACAUUCCCAGCAAGGACAAUAGCUGGGCAAAAGUGUUUAGGGUUUUGGAGGAAGCAAAAGGGCAAUUCAACUUAGAAGAUUACUCCAUCAGCCAAAUCACGCUGGAGCAGGUCUUCCUGACUUUUGCUGUUCAAGAUAAAGCAGAAGAGGGCCAUAAAAAUGAGAUGGCAUGAGAUUUAGUUGCAACCAGUCAUUCUUUGACCGCUCCCUCUAGCAUCUGUAUAGAGUGAUAUUUUUCUUUGUGUAUUCUUGGUGUAAAUAUAUUAAUAUAAUAAAGAGUUU